AUGCCAGGCGGCAGUCAGGGUUUUUCUUGUGACCCUCUUCUCUUACCGAGAGUUCAAGAGGUAACUAAUUCUAUACUGCUUAUUAGAAACUAAAAUUUUAUUGGUGGAAAAAAAUAUGUGUGUUUUGAGCACUGUCGGAACUAUGCAGGAACGGCUCUCCGAGCAGACACAGUCGCUUUUGAUUUGCGGCAAAAAUAUCCGUGCGUUGCAAAAAAUAAUAAUAAUAAAAUGACCCUGACUUUAAUUUUCAGAGAGUACUCUAGAAAGAAGCUCAAAAUUUUUGUUUCUAUGGUGAAUACUGCUUUGAACCGGAUACAGUUGAAUGGAAACGUGCCAAAUGAAAUAGUUGAGGAACCGAUGGAAGUGGCGGCCGAAAACGAUAUCCAGGAGGUAUCUUUCGAGGAUCUUUCACUAGUCUUCGAAAUAUAAGAGAAAACUGCGAAAAGUAUUUAUGAUUCUUCAGGGAAAGGAGAAUACUAUUUCAAAUAACUUGCUAGGAAAAAAAUUUUAACGGAAAACCUCGAAAAGACUCAAAUCGAGAAUUUUGUAAAAUUAUCCACGUUAUUCCUAAAAAAAAAAAUCCAGCCCGAAGUUUUGUACAGAAUUUUCGAAUAAAAAGUUUCCACGUCGUAUCUUAAUUUUUCGCAUUGCUAAUUAGAAAUUGUUGAAAAAGAAUGAGGCUCUAUCGAGACGAUUAAGGUGACCCCAAGAGCUGAGACGGUGGGACGGAAAAGGAAAGCGCCGCAGUCGAUCGCAGGAACGACUUCGCGGCCCAUCCAGAAGCCGGCGACGAUCGUCGUCUCCAGCGGCGACGACGACAGUGAUGAACACGAGGCUGCGGCCAGGCUCAUAGACAGUGUCAAGGUCUCUUUUCUCCCUCUCUUCACCCAACUUCUUAUUUCCAGUCCACCAACCGAGCCAACAACGCGCUCUUGAACUUGUACAGGAAAAGUACAUCCAAUUCGUCAGCAACGCCAAAAAACGCUGCAAAGAAAAAGGUCCUUUCUUUUUUGAUAUGUGUUCAAAAAUGAAUAACGACUCAGCGAACGUGAAAAUAAUUAUUUUUAGAGGAAAAAGAAAAUUAUUUUGAACUUAACGGGAGCUCAAAUUUUCCAUUCCCGGAGGUUUUUAUUGCAUAAGUAUAGUCUGUUCAGAUUUUUGAAUGUCAACCAGCUAACUCCGCCCCUGCUGAGACGGUACCUUUUCGCGUCGAUGUUUUAACGCGCGGGACUAAUUUUGAUAUUUUUUGAUCUAAAAGAUAGAAAAAGAAGUCAAAAAUGCAGCCUUAUUAAAGGACCAUCGUCAUCUGGAUAUAAAAAAUUGACGCGAAAGAUAUUGUAGGCUUGCGGGUGGAGUUAGCUGCUUGACAUUCAAAAUCUGAACAGACUAUAAUUACAAAUUUGAUUAGGAUAAAAUGCACAUUCAUUCAAAGUUUCGCAACAAGUUUACCCAGCGAUAGGAUUUUAACCGAAAGUUUGCUGUUUUUUUAAAGGCUACAAUGGCUUUUUUAGCUCUUCUUUUCUGUGUUCUUGAAGUGAGCCAUUUUGUAUGUCGAGCUCCAAAUUCAAGCCUUUUUACGCUUUCAGCUCCCAAUUAGGACUACCACAAAUGAAUGGAAAAAUUGAUUCAUUUUGAAAACAUUGGAACACAAUUUUUGCAGCCCCCUGCAUCGGAAUCGAAGUCGAAACCGAAUCCCGCGGCGAGAGGACUCGGCGCCGUUUCUCUGAACGUUCAGCCACGACAGUCUUCGGUUCGCUUCGAGCACUUGGGCGGCUGCGAGAAACAGUUUCUGGUCCGUCUUUCUUCUCUUUUUCCCUUCUGAUAAUGAAAGCGGUAGAAUGGGAGUUAUCUGCUCACAAAGGAGUUCAUUUCGUAUUUAUGGGAGUGUCAAUGGCUAAAUGGGCUCUUUUUAAGCAAUCCAGAAAUAUUAAAAAGAUGGAAAACGGAAAUCGGAGAGAUAACAGUUUCUCUUACUUGUGUUGCAGGAAGUUUGCCGUCUGGCGAUGCAUCUCAAGAGGCCGAAGACCUACUCUCUUCUGGGCGUCGAACCUCCUCGAGGCUUCAUUGUCCAUGGACCUCCUGGCUGUGGGAAAACGCUUUUUGCACAGGUUUCCAUCAUUUUCCAUUUAAAAACUGAAAAGAGUAUGACUGGAUAUCGCUUCUCAUUCGAAAAUUGAAAAAAUUUGAGCCCCCUCGAAUGCAGUAUUUUUUCGAUAUUAUGGUUUUCGAAAUGUUUAAAUUCCGAUUGAAGGCUGUGAGCGGAGAGCUGGACAUCCCAAUGCUACAAUUAGCGGCGACAGAACUUGUUUCUGGGCUUUCUGGAGAGUCAGAGGAGAAAAUUCGGAGUCUUUUUGAGACAGCCAAGGAAAAUUCGCCCUGCAUCUUGGUAGUCCUCCGCUUUUUCUCAACAUUUUCGCUUCCACUUCAGAUUCUGGACGACAUCGACGCGAUCGCGCCGCGCCGAGAAACCGCGACACGCGAAAUGGAACGACGGAUCGUCAGUCAAUUGUGUAGUUCUUUGGAUGGUAAGAUCAUCAUGGAGAAGAGGAAGAACAGAGUUUCAGAGCUGAUCAAUCCGCCGAAGGAAAAGCCUUUGAAGGGUGUUCUUUCUUUUUCUGCCGACGGCGAAGUUGAUGUCGCCGAAGACGUUUCUCGCAACGUCACUGGAGGUUCUCUUCGGUUUUCGGUCGCUUGAAACUCGGAUUUGAGGCGGCGUCCUGGUGAUCGGGACGACUUCUAGGCCCGAAUACGUGGACAGCGGUCUGCGCCGUGCCGGCCGCUUUGACUACGAAAUCUCUCUUGGAAUUCCAGAUGAGCGUUCGAGAGGCAAAAUCCUCAACACCAUCUGCAGGUUGAAACCUCUUCCGGGUCGUUAUUCUACUUUUAUCUUUCAGAGUUCCACUGGCUGACGACGUCAAUUUGAAAACCAUCGCACGCCUAACCCCAGGAUACGUCGGAGCUGAUCUUCAAGUCGGCAAAUUUCGGAAGAUUUCAUCAACUGAAUUUUGAGGCGCUAGUUCGGGAGGCUGCCAAAGUGGCCAUCGAUCGCGUUUUUGACACAAUGGUCGUCCGAAACGCCGGUCAGAAGAGCUUGACGGUGGAGCAGAUCGAGGAGGAACUCGUGAAAGGUCUUUCGAGGAGCGAUUCUCGGGGAGACGUCUUUUCUUUUCCAGUUUUGGCGUGGCUCCACGGGGAAGACGAUCCUUCGGCUCUUUCCGCACUUCAAGGAGGUCUUCGCGUGUCUCUGCACGAUUUUGAGAGAGCUUUGGAGAAGAUCCAGCCAGCGGCCAAGGUUUUUUUCUUCUUACAUCUCAAGAUCUCAAGAUGCAAAAGGGUGACACAACCGAGUUGACUUCAAAAAGACUAUAAGCCUCAGAAGCCUUAUAUACUUUUCCUAAAAAAAAAUUCAUUACGUUUAUACGUUCUUCUCAUUUGUGGUAAUCUUUUGACGUAGUAAAUACUUUAUUCGAUCCGAAAAAGUCAAAAACAGCUUACUGUCGGAAGUUGAAACAGCUUACUGUCGGAAGUCGUGAAAUUGCUUUAAAAACGUUGCGAAACAAGAUUUCUGGGACGUUUUGAAGACUCCCUUUGGUAUCCAUGUUGAAAACCCGAUUAACUGAAGAAACCAGGUUUUUUUCCUAAAAAAGAAUUAAGGUUGAAGAUUCGGUAAAACAUUCUUGUUUUUCUUUUACAUAUAUUGAUUGAAAUCUACGAAACGCUGUCAAUUUAAUCGAUUCUGAUAACCUGUAAAAGGGCAGAAAUUCAGCAAAUAGCUCAUUUAUCUUGUUGCAAUCUCGGUCGCGUGAUGUACUUUUGCUUGCUGAAAAAACAUUUUGCCAAUUUUCCUAGCGAUUAUACCGCGCUCGCUCCUAGUGAAUGAAAAAAUGUAGUCCGUUUGGAACGACUUGACAAUUUUCGAGUGUCUGAGUCUCUCUGUUCUCUCAGCGACGAGGUAACAGGAACGCGAAAAUAGCGCGUCAAGCGGAGAGGGUCGUCGAGAGACGAGGAGGGCGCAGAGAAAUGCCGCCCUUUCAAGUCGCGAAAAACGGACUACACCCAGAAAUUUCAAACUGUAGUGGUGUCGUGAAACAUCACGAGAUUCUCUAUUAUAUUUGCCUCGCAUCGCUGUUUCCUAAGCAUCUUUUUGUUUUAUGGGAAAGCCACGUCGACUUAUUAUUUUAUAAGCGAAUCGAAAUUGUGUUGUUUCAUCAUCACGAAACCACCACCAAAGGAAGAUGCAGUCUUGCUGUACGUGACAAGUGGCAAAUAGUUAUAUAUGAAUUAAAACAACACUUUUUUUGAAAAAAAUGCUCUUUCCAGAGAGAAGGCUUCGCAACGGUACCUGACGUCAGUUGGGAAGACAUCGGCGCCUUGGCGGCGGUCCGGAAGCAGCUCGAGUGGAGCAUUUUGGUCAGAGUUUGGAUAGAUUCAAACCAGUCACGUGAUAAAAACUCCAGCCCACUGAAAAAGACAAUAAAGUAAAUAAUCAAAGAUCGUUUUUUUAAUGAUUACUUUACCCAACCAGAUAAGAAUAAUUUAUUCUCCGAGUAACUCAUUCCACUUGUAGUGUUUUUUUUUUUUUGAAAAAAAACCUCUAUUGAAAGAAAAAUUGUGACGAAGGUUUCAAGAUUAGGACAUAGGAAAAAGAAUUUCCGAGAUGUUUCAAUUGAACAAUGUCUCUGCAGUAUCCAGUGAAGCGAGCCGAGGACUUCGCGGCCCUCGGAAUCGACAGUCGACCUCAGGGAAUUCUGCUCUGCGGCCCCCCUGGUUGCGGCAAAACUCUUCUGGCCAAGGCCGUCGCAAAUGAGACCGGCAUGAACUUCAUCAGCGUCAAAGGUCCCGAAUUGCUCAACAUGGUUCGUUUUUGUUGAAAUAUUUCUUCCCGCUUCCAGUUCUGAAAUAUGAAUUCCAUAAUCAUCUUACGAUAGGGAAAAAAGUUCAUGUUGUAAUUUUCCUUUGUGAAAUAAGAGUUUUGAGAAUGUUUGCAACUGAGCCAGACAUCGGUUCAUAUUUUAGACAAAGCAUUAAAAGUAAAGUAAUCUUAGUUAGAAGAUUCAAUUUUUUUUUCACAAAGGCAUUUUCCCUGAAGAAUGGUGCAAAACAUGCUAUUAAAGAGAAAUACAUUUUUCAGUAUGUGGGAGAAAGUGAGAGAGCAGUGCGAACUGUCUUCCAACGCGCUCGCGACUCGCAGCCUUGCGUCAUCUUUUUCGACGAAAUUGAUGCUCUCUGUCCCAAAAGAAAUCACAACGAGGUUUUCGGAUUGAUUAUGACGAAAAUUAAUAAUGAAAUCUUCGAGAGCUCUGGUGGUGCAAGACUUGUCAAUCAGUUUUUGACGGAGAUGGACGGCGUCGAAGGCCGUCAGAAGGUCUUCCUCAUUGGGGCCACCAAUCGACCUGGUUUGACUAUUUUCCAUCUCUUAAAGUAGAAUCGUUUCUUAGUUCUUCUAUAAAGUUUUUUAAAUUGUUUUCGGACAUUUUUGACAUGAAAAGCUUUUUAUAUCCCUUUUUUUCCUUGGACGUAUUGGCGGAAAGGCUAUGACUUGAUUGUUCAAUUUACUCUGCAGACAUCGUCGACGCUGCGAUUCUGCGUCCUGGUCGCCUGGACAAAAUCCUUUUCGUCGAUUUUCCUGCUGCUCACGACCGCGCGGAUAUUCUUCGUAAAAGCACAAGAGUACUCAUUAUAUAUAUAUAUAAUACAAAAAUGCUUCAAUUUUCAGAAAGGACCCAAGUUGGAUGCGGACGUGGAUUUCGAAGAAAUCGCCAAGCUUCCUGCUCUCAAUGGAUUUACGUAUGAAUGUUUCAAAUAAUCUAUUUCUUAUUUAUUUUUCAGAGGUGCUGACCUCUCUGCUCUGAUCCACGAGGCGUCGCUUCUUGCACUGCAAGCUCGCGUUUUAGAGGUUCCGUCUUCUUUUUUUUCUGAAUAUGGUUGCCCAUUCAUCACGUUUAAACGAUUUUUUAAUUUCGGUUCUUUCUCAUGUGCCUUCUUACUCUACGGAGACCUAUUUUUUUCAGGGAGAUAUGAAUACCUCGGCCGUGUCUAGACGACAUUUUGAAGCGGCCUCCACUAAGAUUCGGCCUUCUGUGACGCAGGCUGACCGCAAGCGCUACGAACACAUGAAAGCUGUAUACGGGCUCAAGGAGCAAGAAGAAAUCAGCGAACAAUGA